AUAUGCCUUGACUUGGUAGGUACCAUUGUCCAUAUACCUUUCCAUAUUGUCAGUCUUACCUAUGGCACCAACUCUUUCUCAGUCCCCCAUAACUAUAACUACAUAGCCAUCAAACUCAUACUCAUUUCAUAGCCGUUUCGAUUCAAUCCUAUAAUCACAUCUAAACCUCGAAAAAGAUCGAUCAACAUGAUUCAAAGAAAUGCAGUUCUGGUGCCUGUAGCUGCCUUUCUUCUUGGAGCAUUCGCAGUAGCUUUCAGUUUUAUUGCUUAUGCCACAAGGAUUAAGGAAAAAGAUGUUGUGAAACGAAAUGGGUUAUGUGUAUAUCCAAGUAGUCCGUCAGUUGGUCUUGGCGUAGUGGCUGCACUGUUUCUGCUAGCUAUGCAGAUUGUAAUACGAGUUACUACUAAAUGUUUCUGCUGCUGCGGACAACGCUUUUCUGCUCGUUGUACUGUUAUAACCUCACUACUCUUCUUUAUUUGUUCCUGGUUAGCCUUUGUGAUUGCAUUCGUUGGACUAAUGUACACAGCAUUGCUCAACAAUAGAAGCUAUUUAGCAAAAGCUUAUCCUGGUAAAAAUGGCGAAGAUUGUAACGUAGGCAAUGAGAAAUACUUCCUUGGAGAUGCACUUUGGUGCAUAAUUAGCACUGUUUUUGGCCUAAUCUCUUAUACUUUGUGGGUGAUUGGUACUUCUAAAACAACCAAUAAUCCCUCUUCCCAAGAAACUGCUCAUAAUGAGCGAGACGUUGCUACGGGAAAACUUCAAAUUCUGCAAACAAAGGAACAAUCUUAGAUGAUUUUGAUCUGGAUUUUAAAGGGUGUGAGUUGAUGUGUAUGCGUGUGUUAAUUAGUUAAUCUUUGGGAGAUAAUUAAACUGGUGGCGACAUUGUAGUGAGCUUGAAGAUUGCUUAAUUUCAUCUUCUAAAUUACCUGUGUUGUAACAGGAGUUAGAUCAAUUGAAAUGAUUUUCUGUUUGAAUUCAAUGGUUGAGUUUUUCCUGCUGAUAGUCGUUUUCUAAAAUAGAGUCUGUCACACUGUAAAUGAAAUUCUUCGUAUUAUAAUAAUGCCCGAGUGUAAACUGUGUGAUAGUG